GUGGCCUGAAUCUUACCGUCUCGCCAUUUUCCUCCUGUUGUUGUUAGCUUGCUAGCAAACUAAGCUAGCUACCUCCAGCAUCAUCCGCGGGAAAAAAGAACGCACGUCAAGAUUAAAAACUCACAGCUGGGUUAGUGUUGCUAAGUUAGAGUUACUUCUUUCCCGUCAUCAUGGACGAGGAAUAUUACAGCGGUGGAGGAGACUGGGAGGGCACGGACAGUACCAUGGAGGAUGGUUAUGUUGAAGGAGAAAAUGAUGGAAAAAUCCAGGAGGAUUGUCUGCAGAAAUUCUCCAGCAGGGACUACAUCAUGGAGCCUGCGAUUUUCAACACCCUCAAAACGUAUUUCCAAGCGGGUGGCUCUCCAGAACACGUUAUCCAGCUUCUGUCUGAAAACUACUCUGCCGUGGCUCAGACCGUUAACCUGUUGGCUGAGUGGCUCAUCCAGAUGGGUGUAGAGCCUGCUCAGGUCCAAGAGAGAGUAGAAAAUCACCUCAAGAGUCUCCUCAUAAAGCACUUUGACCCCCAGAAGGCAGAUUCCAUUUUCACUGUUGAGGGAGAGACUCCUGCCUGGCUCGAGCAGAUGAUAGCACACACUACAUGGAGGGAUCUCUUCUAUAAGCUGGCAGAGGCUCACCCCGACUGCCUGAUGCUCAACUUCACUGUAAAGCUCAUUUCAGAUGCUGGUUACCAGGGUGAGAUCACCAGUGUGUCCACAGCGUGUCAGCAGCUAGAAGUUUUCUCCCGGGUACUGAGAACAUCUUUGGCCACGCUGCUGGAUGGAGGAGAGGAAAACCUGGAGAAGAACCUGCCAGAAUUUGCUAAGAUGGUGUGUCACGGUGAGCACACCUACCUCUUCGCCCAGGCAAUGAUGUCCAUCCUGGCUCAGGAGGAACAGGGCGGCUCAGCUGUUCGUCGGAUCGGCCAGGAGGUGCAGAAGUCCGCACACGAGAGAGGUCAUGAUGCCAGCCAGAUAACCCUCGCACUCGGAACAGCAGCAGCCUACCCACGAGCCUGCCAGGCACUGGGUGCCAUGUUGUCUAAAGGAGCCCUGAAUCCUGCAGAUAUCACAGUUCUGUUCAAGAUGUUCAGCAGCAUGGACCCGCCUCCUGUGGAGCUGAUCAGAGUGCCUGCCUUUCUGGACCUGUUCAUGCAGUCACUGUUUAAACCUGGAUCAAAGAUCAACCAAGACCACAAACACAAAUACAUCCAUAUCCUGGCCUACGCUGCCAGUGUGGUCGAGACAUGGAAAAAGAACAAGCGAGUUAACAUCAAUAAAGACGAGCUGAAGUCGACAUCUAAGGCCAUAGAGACUGUUCACAACCUGUGCUGCAAUGAGAACAAAGGAGCCACAGAGCUGGUGGCUGAACUCGGCACUUUGUACCAGUGCAUCCGGUUUCCAGUGGUUGCCAUGGGGGUUUUAAAGUGGGUGGACUGGACGGUGUCUGAGCCGCGCUACUUUCAGCUCCAGACCGACCACACUCCAGUACAUUUAGCUCUGUUAGACGAGAUCUGUACGUGUCACCAGCUGCUGCACCCGCAGGUCCUCCAGCUGCUCAUCAAACUGUUUGAGACGGAGCACUCCCAGCUAGACGUCAUGGAGCAGCUGGAGCUGAAGAAGACUCUGCUGGACCGAAUGGUUCAUCUGCUGAGUCGUGGCUACGUGCUGCCCGUAGUUGGUUAUAUUCGAAAGUGUCUGGAGAAACUCAACACGGAUAUCUCCCUCAUCAGAUACUUUGUCACUGAGGUGCUGGAUGUGAUUGCACCUCCCUACACUUCAGACUUUGUUCAGCUCUUUCUGCCCAUCCUGGAGAACGACAGCAUCGCAGGGACGAUCCGCACGGAGGGAGAACAUGAUCCCGUUGCUGAGUUCAUUGCCCAUUGCAAGUCAAACUUCAUCAUGAUUAACUGACCUGGAAAAGGACACUGGAAACAUUCUUGUUGGAGACUGUACCAAGAAGAUGUAACAGGUACAGAUGAUCUGUGAUCUCGAUGAUAACCAAAUGUUCCCCUUGAUGUUGAGGGACGUUGCUUGGAGACCGGACAGACUUUUUAGUUUGACCAAGCAAACAAGGAUUAGUUUCUAUUGAGGCAACAAAAAUGCAAAUGUCACUGAGCUGGUAGAAUGAUGGAAAAGUACGGUAAUCAGACAAGAGGAGAAGCUCUGAAGAUGCAGCUAAAUGUUUUUCUUUUUCACCUGUAUAUUUGAUUUUCUAUAUUUUAUGAUGGUUUGAGCUAUUUUAAAAUAAAAACCAGAAUAUGUA